AUGGCGCCACGUAGCCUUGCCUUGGCUCUGCCCGCCGCCGGCCUGGUGGCAGCUCCGCUCUUCGUGCCCGGAGCGGCUCCGAGCGCCCCAGCGCCCCGGGCGGCCCAGGCCACACAUGCCGCGGAGGCGCCCAGCAGCGGCAGCCUCUCGGCGCUGACGGUGGGCACUGUGGCCAGCGCAGGCGUCUUGGUGGCGGCCCUCUCUCGCUCCUCCGUCAGGUCCUCUCAGCCCCGCGUCACCCGCAACUUCUUCGGCGGCCCGACCACUUCUCCUGCCAGCUUCGACCCUGCCACGGAGAUGGGUGUGCAAGAUCCUGUGGGAUUUUGGGAUCCACUCGGGCUUAGCGCGGACAAGGACCAGGCGACCUUCAAGCGCCGCCGUGCUGUGGAGAUCAAGCAUGGCCGCAUCGCCAUGUAUGCGACCAUUGGCUAUAUUGUCCCGGAAUACUUCCGCUUCCCAGGCUUCUUGUCGCCAUCCCUGGGCUUGAAGUUCUCUGACAUGCCAAACGGACUUGCAGCGCUUUCGAAGCUGCCAGUGCUUGGUGGCGCACAAAUCAUCGCGUUCGCCGGGCUGAUUGAGACUACAGGAUUCUUCCAGGCGUCCUCCACCACUGAUGGCCGUGGCCCGCGGGAAGGCCAGUUCUCGAUGAAGGACUCCACCGAGACCGGUGAGCCUGGCAACUACGGUGUCGGCUUCCCCAAUUUCGUCGGCAAAGUGGAGGACUCCAAGAGCGACAGAGGUCUCUGCAUAUUCCGGUGA